GUAGGCGUACCUCUUACUUUACUAGAAUAUGUUGUUAGUCUUGCGUUAGAUUCCGCGUGAAUUUCUUGCCGCUUCCGUUCGAGGGAACUCCGCACGUGUCGGCGAUGUUUUCCCUUAAGUUGAUUUUUUCGACGCGAGUAAUUGAAGUUCGAAUCUGAGCGGUGCCCAAACAAAAAAAUGGGGACGACGCGCUGAAAGUGUGUGAAUUUUUCUUUAACUUUUUUUCGCCGCAGGCGAGAAUGUGUAAAUAGAGAGUGUUGGUAAAUAGAAGGAAGUAUAGGUCACGGUCAGACAAUCUGCACCCAAAUAAUUCCGCAAACCGUUAACUUUUUCCUCUAGAAAAUUCUAAUAAGGCCGUAGACGCGCGCGUUAGGAAACACUAAUUUUUUUCAUGAUACGUUAGGAAACGGUACUAAUUCAAUGUAAGAAGAUACAGUUAGUAAACAAUAAAUUAGAAGAAGCAGAGCACGUCAACUGCUGACCUUGAACUGAAAAACUACCGUAAAAAAUUAGACUGUUUGUGAAAUGUGUCAAAAAUGCCGCAAACUAUGAUGCGAAGUAAUCAUGCGGCACAUCAUCUUCCGAACGGCCACAGUAGCCACUCUAACGGAUACGCUCAUCAUAACGGACAUCAGCACAGUGCAGGACAUUAUCAUCAAAAUGGCUAUGCAAAAAGCAACGGACAUGCGAACGGCGCGGCGAAUGGUAGACCAUGGAUGAAUGGUCAUCCACAUAAACCAGAUGACAGGCACUCGACUCUGUCAAGAUACUGCACCUCGGAGCGGCCAACGUCGCAAAUCAGUUACAAUGGUAUCAAGCGGAGUUGUCGCGAAAGGGGAGUUCUGUUUGAGGAUCCAGAUUUCCCCGCCAGUCCUCGCUCGCUGUACCAACAGAAAAAACCGCCAUUUAACUCGAUCGUGUGGAUGAGGCCACAUGUAAGUGGAUUAUUUUAG